CAACAACACCACUAGUGUUGUAAAGCAAGCACGUUUGGACGUACAUUACGCUUCUGCAUACAUGAUGACUUAUUGUACCAGAUUACGUUACACCUUCGUGGAGCUUCUAGCUAACUUCGGUGGCAUCAUGGGCCUUUUUAUGGGCGCUUCACUUAUAAGUUGUGUUGAGCUUGUCUACUACUUCACCGUUGGACUUUAUACGCAUUUACGUGAGGGUGGCUACAUACCUGAUGGAUGCUUGUACUCUCGUGAAAGCACUGAUAAAAAGGCGUAUUUGCGAAGGAAGAACAGACCAAGACAAGGAAAGAGAUUUUUAAAAAGCCUCAAACCAGCACCGAUCACGCCUUAUUUUAGGCAUUGAAAUUUACGAACGAAGUUGAUGAAAAUACAAAUAAAAUUACAUAUGUAUACGAUAUAUACUUAGUACAUAAGUAUUUUACUACUAAGAAGUCUUACACAUAUCUAG